AUGGCAACUGACAAAGUAUUUACGAUCCGAAAUUUUGAGGGUGAAAGGCGAGUCAUUCCGCUGCCAAUUCAGACAUACUUCUGGCGGCAAACAAGGUAAAGUGCAAAUCUCCUUCUUAACAGAAAUCAGGCGCUUGUUUAGCGUUAAAUGAGGUGGAAUAUUCGCAAUAAUGCUGACUUUCUUAGCUCUUGUCCAAAAUUAGUUCAGGACCUAUUAUUAUUAAUUUUACCUGGUGCGAUGUUCUUUUUUCUUAACCAUAAGCUUAUUUGAAGCAAAUGAACAAUAACCUUCAAGAGGGUCUAAGCCUAUUUUUUUUUAACUGAGCGUUUUUUCGAGUGUUCCUAUGUAAGCUUAAAAACUUAAUCGUACUCGUUACGAUCAAACGUUCCACGUACGCUUUCACGUACUGUAUACCGUGGACAUCGUGAUAAAUACAGCUAUAAGAGUAUACUCCAUUGCUUUCGGCCACUUUGCGUCGGUCUUAAAAGAGCAGAGAUCGUAGAGUGAUUUGUAGUGCUCUUUUGGAAAAUAUUAUAAUUCGAAGAUCGAUAAAAUAUCUGAUUCUUCUUGUGCGGUGUUUGCCAAGUGAACACGACUUUUCCUAAAUUUCAGACUUCCUAAUUGCACGUGCAAAAAAAUGUUGUGUUGCGUUAGGAUUUAAGUGGUGGGUUUAUUUUAGACUGUGUGUUAUGAUUUGAUGCAGACUAAAUCUCUGUUUUUUAAUCAUAUGGUCUUUAUAUUUUUGAUAGAUUUCUAGUACACUGCAUGCACACAGAGAAGCACUUUGUGCCUACUUGUGAAGCUGUAUGUUAAGUUUUCAAGACGAUCAUACAUAUACUGACCCUGAAAAAAAUGAGACAUCUUUAAAAAAAUUUCUCAACUGAUGUUCACUAACGAAUGUUAUGGGAGAUGAGAUCAGUUUUUUUUUGACACAACAUAUUUAAAGAUCAACACUCUGGGCGUACUUGUGCGGACAAGUAUGUUAAGCCACAGCUGCUGUAGUAUCUUUAGAAUCUAAAUGAAUAGGGAUUUUUUUAAUUAAAGUACAGUAUACCUGUAAAAAUCAAUUAAUUGCUUGUUAUCUCAUCCCUUCAACUGCCAUGGGUGUUCAAGACAGAAUUUCUCCUUACAAUAUUAAUACAAUAUAAGCAGACAAGUGAUGAGAAUAAAGAAAAUAUCAAUAAGGAGAUUCUAAAUUGAUCCAAUACCAAAUUCUCCAAAAUAACAUCACAAGAACUGUAUGGCAAACAGUAAGGAAAAUUACUCAUGAAAUUUUGAGAGUUAAAGGGUUAACCCUUUAAUUCCCGUGAGUGACCAAGACAGAAUUUCUCCUUACAAUAUCAAUACAAUGUCAACCAGAUAAGUGAUAAGAAUAUAACAAAAUAUCAAUUUGGGGAUAAUAAGUUGAUCCAAUACUAACUUCUCUGAACUAACAUUAUAAGAAUUGUUUGGUUGACAUUUAGGAGAAUUACAAAUUUGAUCUGGGAGUUAAAGGGUUAAGAGCAGUUCUUUAAUAUACACAUGUAAUGGUAAUUGAACCAAUGAGAGCACAAUUUGGUCUGAAUUGAUACACUUGAUUUCAAAAUCAAACAAGUGCGCAGGGCAAGUUUGCUACAUGUACCCAAUAGUCUCUGAUUAUUAUGCAAAUAACUAUUUUAUAGUUCGCUAUACUUCUAUCUAAAUUAAAUAUGGAACUGCAUGUAGUAGCUGUAAGAAAUUUAAAAAAAAAAAUUGAUGCUUUUACAAAUAAUCACAAUUUUGAUACAUUUUUCCACUUUCAUUGCAGUCAACUACUGAAACCAAAACUUGUGAGGAGAAAUUAUGAAUCAGCAUGUUUGGUAAGACAUCACCGUUGCAUAUAUUUCUAUUUUGUAAUUUUUUUAAUUUUUGAAAUGGAAAUUUUACGCAAGUGUUCCCCAGCAAAGAACUUUUGGUGUUCCAGUCUGGGGGGGCCACAGUUCACUCACUUUUGUCUUGAGGUGACUUUUAUGAAGUAGUUUCACUGUAACUAAGGAUGGUUGCAGGCAACUGUUUGUGGAGCAUUAUCCACUAGGGUAUGUCUGAGGGCCACAGUUGAUUCACCUUUGUCUUGGGGUGACUUCUAUAUAACUUUACCUUCAUGGUGCACAGCUUCAAAAGCUAGGAAUCCAGAGGCCUGAGAUCAGAGUCUUCAGUCACCUGAUGUCACUCUCCUUUAACUCUUUAACUCCCAAGAUCUGAUUGUUAAUUCUCCCCUGUAGCUGCUACACAUUUCCUUGUAAAUUAGCUAUGAGAACUUGGUGCUAGAUCAAGAUAGCAGCUUCUACCUGAUAAGUUUGAAUAUUCUCAUUACCUGUUUGCAGAAUAAUGUAUGGAUAUUGUAGGGAGAAGUUUUAUGUUAAUCACUCCUGGGAGUUAAAGGGUUAACAAUGCUCUUACAUGUUGUUGCAACUGUUUUGGUUGCCAUAGUAAGUGAAAAAGGUAUUUGGCAAAGAAAACUUUGACAAAAGUCACCAAUUGGCAACCAACCGAUUUAAAAAAAAAAAAAAAAGAAAAAAAAAUUUGGAAAAUUUAUUGAUCAUUAGUCAAAUUAUUAAACAAACAAACAAAAACAAACUGUUUUGUAACUCCUAGGUACAUAUAUACCUAAAAUGAGCAGUGAUCAAAGCAAACUGUUUUUGUUUAGAUAAACUUCAUUUUAUUUUACAUGCAGCAUUUAAGGCUAACGUUCAACUUUGCAUCACAAAGUAUGGUGACUAAAUAUCAAGUGAUUCAAGGUGUUGAUCGCAACAUGGAAGGUUUUAAUACCAAUAUUUGGGCUUACUUCAGAAUAGAGAUGUUUCUCAGCUGAGCAAUAGAUCAAAAUGGUAUUAAACAUGAUUUGUUACAUGGUCUAAGCAACUUUGUUGUAAGUAAUUUCUGCUUCCAGACAUCAGAGCUUCCUUCAUUCUCUCUCUCUCUCUCCUUUUGGAGGCAACCAAAAUUUUAAUUUUAUGGCAACCAUGUUACAAUUGAAGGUUGCCAAAAGGCGACUUUUUGAAAAAUUGAACUUGGUGCCCUGUGUUAAAGCACAGGUUUGAGAAACAGUGUGCAACUGAUCAUUGGUGAAGAAGUUUCACUGUAACUAUGGAUGGACUCAGGAAACUGUUUGUUGAGCAUCAAGCACAACAUUUGGUUCUUUUCUUUUUUUUGUUUCCGAAGUUUGUUGAUUUUUUUCGCAUGCAUAAAAGGGUUUCCAAGUAUUUUUUCCUUAGAAAAAGACAGGGCUGAAACAUGAUGUGGUAAUAGUGGAUUCUUUAAAUAGCAAAUAACAUCAUGAUAAAAAGUCAAACUACAUGUUAUUUCCAAAAUUUAAGAUGUAACAACUGGUAUAGUGUAUUUUUGCCAUAGUGAAAAUUGAAAAAAAGGCAAGCAAAGUCUGAAAAAAAUCUAGCAUCUUUAUUUACAUCGUCAAGAGCAACAUAUGUUUUAAGGUGAAAACCUUUGACUUCUUUUCUUUUCUCUUUUUUGUAGUCGUUUGAGAGAAUAAUUUGUGAAAACCGAGUUCAAGAUCUGCAGCCCAGUUUAGCCAGUGCUGUAAAGAGCAUAAACAGGUGGCACCUUAUACAGUCAUCAGUGCCUUACAUCCUUCAGUGCUGCUCCUUGCUUCUUUCAAACAGGGGGCGCCUGGGAAACAUUGAUAGACUUGGUAACGCAGAACGUGAACUCUUGUUCACACUUCACUGGAUUUUGCUUGAAGGACCUCGUGUUUGCUGUGUUGUGGACACUGAUAGCUUGCUCUAUCCUCUGACCACCAUCGAGCAGUUUGUGCAUGAGCUCACACCUCAUGUGUACCACAUGCGAGAGAGCGACUUGACAAUUAGACUAGAAAAUGGAGUGGCCAUUUGGGGACCCCUUUGGAAACAUGAGAAGCCAUUGAUAACGCCAUUUACAUGUGAAGUUAUAUCAAAAGAUGCUCACGCUGAAAAUGACGAAAAAGGAAGUCAGUCCAGUUCUGCAGAUCAGAGCACAUCAGCUGACUCAAAUUCAGAGUUUUCACCAGCCACCUUUUUCGAUGUUGCUGUUUUGAAGUGUUUGUUGUCAACUGGCUGGGAUGAAAAUGGUGUCAUGUGGGCACUGCGUUAUCUCACUGCUUACCUCAAGAGAGAAUUCAACCUUUGUGAUCAAGCAACAAGCAGCGGGGCAUCAGGAGAGAUCAGAAGUGAAAUUUCUGCUCAGGGGCCCACGGUUUUAACAGUAAAUCCGGGCAUCAGUGGGGAAGGGAGUUUAGUCCAAGGUAAAAACAGUGUAAAACCAGAUGGAGCAGAAGUGGAGAAGAUCAACAAAGAAGGUAAUGCACAAAGUGGAAGAUUGGGAGGCCAAAGUGCACCCAACGCGUCUUCAACUGUCACUAACAGUGUACAACUCACAGUUCCUCAAAGUGUAACAACCGAGCCUAGUGGAGAAUCACAGUCGGAUAACCAGAGCACUUUAAAGAUUCCAGAUGGUUCUGAUGAAGAAAGAUCAGCAGCCCAAGGAAUAGAGCGCACAGGCUCCAUAAGGUUGAGAAUAAGGGUGCAAUCAUCCCCAGGGGGCGCAGCAGGGGGACGAGUGUUGACAGCCGUACCCUCACCGACUGGAGGCAUGACCCAGCAAGAGGAGAAGACCAUAGCCAAUGACGAUUCUCAAGAUGUCUGCGAGACUAGGAAAUUUCAGAGUACCAAAGUUUACAUUAAGCCAUCAAAUGCCCUUCAAGUGCCCUUAGUUGGUACUGGAGAUACCAGUAUGCAACACGGUGGUGAUCCGUUAGAAGCCAGUUCCGAGGCAAGGGAUCUUCAAAGCGGACGUCUGAAUGAUGUUCUUACCAGUGUUUCUUCAGUUAAUUCUACUAAAGAAACGAUUUUACAAACUGACCGUGUAGAGUCCUGCAAUAGCACCUCUCCAAACUAUGAUGGACAAGCUCAACCGAAUCCUUCUCUGAUGUAUACAAGAAGUAAGGAAUCGAGUAAUCAUGUAGCUUUUGAGAGCAUGGUUUCGUAUGAAAAUGAAGUCCAGGAAUUCCAGGGUGGACUGGUGCAAACCGGUGACGUAGCAAAAACAGACCAACUAAAGGAUGAAGCAAUUUUGAAGCGUCUCUCAGAGCAUACAAAUUCAAGUCACGCAAGCAGCAGCUCGGUUGAGAGCGAGGUCCAGCCGCUUCUUAAACCUCCCAGUAUUGCAACAACAAACAGAAAAGCCCUGGCACUCCUAGGUCUGUGUGAAAAUCCAAGAACAUUUGUCAAUCGCGAUUCGCUCACAAAAAUCGACCGGUACUUUGUGUUUCCAGGUGCAGCUGAUUACAUCACUAUUGACGGCCGACUGAGUUCCCUAAUGAUCUUACAAGCUCUGUAUAACAUCACGCGCGAGAAUCCUUCCGCAUUAAUCAGUGACAUGACUCUCACCAUUCUGCAGCAGUUGGUUACGAUUCAUCAAAACAAAAAGUCCAAGAAACGAGGCAGUUCUAUCGAGGUCGAUGAUCGUACUGUUGCUGAAACACAGGCUGUGGGAUUCCGAAGCCCUCACUCCGACAAUAUCCUUGGUAGACUGCGCGCUAGCUUCUACGGAAGGCCUCCAAGUUUCCUCAGUCUAGCAAUGGGAUGUCUAGUCAGUGUCGUCAAAGCCUUAGGAUGUCCUUUGGGUAAAUUAAUGCUAUUUUUCUUCCUUUGUCACUGUGUUAAGUUAUUGAACAGGGGCUUGGAAAAUUUUCAUCGGCUAGUUAGUUAAAAAAUGGAAAAUAGCGUAAUUGUACUUUUCCCUUGUCGAGGCGGUUUUCUCUUCCAUCCAAUCGAGUUAGCACUUCUAUUAGCACUUUUGCAGCACAUUUGGAAUGUCGACAUGCUGAAGACUACUCGAACUUUCAUAACCUGAGAUUAAAGAGUCCCUAGAGCGACGAAAUGAGCCUUUGAAUUCACCAUCCUUCCAUUCUCAAAAGCAUUGCCCUCUUUCGUUCGAUUACAGACACUCUUUGAAGCCCAUUUUUUUUUUUAAAUAGCUGUUGCUUCUGUACAUCUGCAAACUAAAUUUUAAUCCUUCAUCUCCGUUAUAGGAUGCGGAGAUGGCUGCCGAGGGAACUCUGGUGAUCGACUUCGAAACACAACAAACAAGCUCCUGACUCAACUCCUUCGCAGUGAAGAAGCUGCAUUCAAAUUGUGGCUCCAGCAAUAUGCGAGAUUGGAACCUCACGAAGACUUGGUGGACUUCCUUCAUGCCCUGUUGGGCUUCUGCGAGGAAGACCAAGAACAAUCUGAUGAUGAGAUGAUGCCUGUCGCAAACUCUGACAAACCGAUGAGAAAGAAAAGUCUUUUUUCUAUGCCAGAAGGCGUCAAUGGUGUCAUUAUUGGCAGCAUUUUUAAGAUCCUGCUCACCAGAGUGGCUGAGAUGAACUUCCUUGAGCUAAAAAAUUUGGUGAGUUGUUUAACUAAAUCAGAUCUCUCACAUCAGGUAAAACUCAUCCUUAGGAGCGACCAUUUUAAAUAAAAGGGUGAGUGAAACACUCCGACAAAGGGCUAACAUUCGAAACGUCAGCUUUAGGCAACUUUGAUCCUCUAACUCCCAAGAUCACAGUAGUUAUUCUCCUUAUUGUCUGUCAUACAGUUCUUGUGAUGUUAGUUUAGAGAAUUUGGUGUUGGGUCAACUUAUAAUCCCCUAAUUGAUAUUUUUCUUUAUCCUAAUCACUUGUCUGCUUUAUAUUGUAUUGAUGUUUUAAGAAGAAAUUCUGUCUUGGUCACUCUUAUAGAAGUAUCAGUAGCAGCAGCAGCAGCAUUAGCAGCAGUAAUGGGUUAGGGUUAGGGUUAGGUUAGGUUUAAAACUAGUAGGAGUAGUACCAGGAUUAAUAGCAGAAGCAGUAGUAGUAGCAGUAUCGGUAGUAGCAGUAGUAGCAGUACUGAAAUACUCAACUCCCAAACUCACACUUUUCAUAAAAAUAUCCUUAUUUCCCCUUAGACUUUUUAUGGCGAACUCCGGCAACUUCUGAGGUUUGUAAAAGAAUCGUAUGGAAACAUAUUUUGGAAAGUUGCCUUAAGUGGACUUCGGGACUCGGCCUACAAAGAAUCGAAAGAUCAGCCAGAUGCAAGCAAAACUCCUGUGCAAGAUUCGUCCACUAAAAAAGUGUCGACUGUCAGGAAAACAUCAGUGGCUAGGAUGAAAGUUGAAAGAACUGCUACUUACAAAACUAAGCGCACUCUUUUACAGAAGCUUGUUCGGAUCACAUCAGAGAGCGCUGAUAGCAGUGGCAGCCUAACACGAAGUCUGAAGUUUUCGUCUGCUGUGGAAUCCAGUCCUUCGGAGACAGCGUUGUCUCCGAGAAGUAAAAGAAAGGUUGGUUUGUGUGUAUAUUUGGACUAAAACAACGGUGCUAGAGUCACCUAUUGUGUUAUUCCCUACAUUAAAAAGAACACAUGAAGGUUUAACGAAAAGAUUUCUGUAUAAUCACUUACUAGCUAACGACAACAAUAAGUCUCCACAGAAAUUUCACUUAUUUUCAACCGCAAGUUUGCCUCCCGACAAACACAAAAAAAUCGCCUAUCCGCCGAAAAAAACCUGAAAAAAAUAACAGUACUACACGGUACGUGGCAGUUGUUGUAGUUGUUGUGGGGUACUUAGGGAAAGGAUGCUGACCCUUUCUUUCUUUGUUCCUCUCUCGUGACAAGACGAUAAACCUUUUUCAGCUCUGAAUUAACCUUCUUUCUUAUUUCACACGUCUUUACUCACACUUUGUUUUCGACAUUGCUGAUUCGAGCAAGAAUACGAAACGCGUGUUUCAAAUGAACUUGAAAAUAGCCAAGCUGACUUAAGAGUUAUCUGUAGCGUGGUUGAAUAGCGUUGGAGCGCGGAGUUCAUGGUUUUAACAUUUUUCUAUUUCUCCCACGCUCGGGUCAAAAUGAAAACAUAUCUCACUUUUAAUACGUAGAUAUUCAUCCGGAAGAGGCAAAAAGCUAUGGGCACUCAAUAUGACAGUGAUGAAGACUUGCUGGACACACCAGACACUCCAUCAGAACAGCGGCCAAGCUUAAAACGCAAGCUCCUCAAGUCAAAGACUCCUAGUAGAAAGAAAUUAGAUGAUAUCUUCCCAAUAACGAAGAAAGGAGACACGACGCCAUCCACGUUGAGUGAACCUACUCUGCCCAUUGAUAUAGUUGUGCAUGAGUUUGAAACUAAACCUGUCGAUGUGGAAGCACUAAGGUCUGGUAUGGUCAGGUUUCGAUUUCUCCUUCAUGGUGGUCAGCCGGGUUCCAUACCAGAUCCAAAGAUUUUGGCUUCCAUGCUGGACUUGGUGAGUUCAGGAUUAGCCAUGUCAUUAAAAAGCACUGCAUUAGGAGCGGGUAUUGAAAUCACUAAGGGGCAGGUCAUUAUUUAUCGUCUUGGGGAAGGGUAGGGGAGGGGGGGGGGGUCGGGUCAGAGGAUUUUGGUUGUGUCAGUCAAUGUUCUGUAGGCUCCCCCUUGUAUUCUGUUGGUGACGACUGAUCCCUUCUCCGUUCCUCUGCCCAUUCUGUUGGUUCCCACUAACUUUCCAAAAUCCGAGCCUGUCGUAGUAAAAAUAACCUUGAAGGUUUUAUCACUGCCACUAAAGCAACCGUUAACCCUUUAACUUCCACGAGUGACCAAAACAGAAUUUCUCCAUCCAAUAUCAAUACAAUAUCAAGCAGACAAGUGAUGAGAAUUAUUAUUAUGUUAUCAAACAAAACAUUAGUAGUGUAAGAUUUUCAGGGGAAGUCAUUCAUAACUGCGCCAGUGUUAAAGAUCCCCUAACAAUUACUCUUUAGGAAGCACCAGCUGUGGCUAGAGCAUGUCUCUUGUUGGAGUGUUGCGUCCUUGUUCAUAGAUGCAACCAAGGCGAAUGGCCGCAGUGGUUACGAGGCAGUCUUCCAUCUCUUGCUCAUCGUCGAGGUGGAGUCUCAUCAACUUCUGCCACACCAUUCAUGUUCGCUCAGCGCCGUAACCUCGUUGCCAUGCACGAAGCUGGUGUCCUGUUCCGUGAAUGGGGUGUUGCUUUGGGCAAGAAACUGGAGCAGGUGUUGGCAAAAAAGAGGAGACAUUUGCUGCCGUCCAUCGACGAAGAGGGUGGGAAGACUGUCCUUACAGACAUGGAUGAAAUGGAGGAAGACUUCCUGGACGAAGGUUUGCAGCAAUAACUUACAAUUAAAAUCAUAUUUUUACGAACUGAAACGUAAUAUAAAUACAAGUUUACUCUUUCACAGGAGGCCCGCCGGGCCAAACUGUGUGGCUGUUUCUCUGAAUUUAAAGGCAAUGUAUGGGGAUAUGGAAAGCUCCAUAUCAUAUAUAUAUGUGCAUGCACACUUACCAUUCAACAUACUUAUUUUUGAUGGAAGUUUUGUGUAUUGUCGAUCUUUUAGCUGAACAUGAUAAAUUUCACGAUUUGAAGAUUUUGGUGGUUGAUGUUUUCUUGAGCGACAACAAGUUUAUGAUAGUACAUUACAAUAGUUAAUAACAAUCUUUAAUAACUUUUUCAAAACUCAAAGGGUAUGCCCUUGAUUUUCUUUGUAAUUUUUGAUUAAACUCAAAGGGUGGCAGUUUUUGUUAUCCCUCAGUUGAUAAUGGCUUGUUUAUUUGCACUGAUUUGACGUGAAUAUGAAAGUGAUCUUCGAUUUUUGAAAAAAUUCAGGCCUGUUCUCAUGACCUCUGCGAUACCGGUUUUCCGACUUUUUGACUUCCCCUUAUUUGAAACCAACAUAAUGACCAGCUCCCAAUUGGCUUGUUAGCGUAGUAGGUCGAGCGCUGCACAGGUAUCGCAAAGGUCAUGGGUUCAAAUCCCUUACAGGCCUGAAUUUUUUUCAGGCCUUAUUUUCACUAUUGCUUAAGUGGUGUUCAUUAUUGCGAAGAUCGCUUUCAUAUUGACGUCAGUUGAUGAUACCAAAUUACCUUGUCUUCCUCAAACAGCUCAUGCCGAACUACAUUUGGAGGAAUUUAUUUGUUCAAUUCGAAAAUCUCGCGAGAACAGUUUCAAAACUGUACACCACGUCAAAGAAUGAAAUACAACAAAAAAAGAAAAAAGAUACUAUUGAGCUGGCAGGCAAACGUCCAUUGGUUAGUUUCCACCUACAUGUAACAUACUCUGCACGUUUUGUUUCUUUUCAGCCACUUUGAAUGAUUCAGUGAAAGUGUGUCCUUACCCUCUGUUGAUGAUCGCCUGCCAGCUCCUGCUGGAAAUCACAGCCUUCUUACGGGAAAGCCAUGGUCUUUACUCGGUCAGCAAACCUGCAGGUAGACCCUUACAUCGUUAUAAUAUUCAAAGGAGACGCCAGAGUGUGACAAGUCAUCGACGGUCUAUGGCAUUUUCUCCCGAAAUGCAUCAGCGUCGUUUGAGUAGUAUCAUUGGUGGAGGAGGAGAACGAAUACGGCGAGCCAGUGCUUGGAGUCAGUCUUCUUUACAGACUGAUUUCCCCUCCAGUCCAAGUCGAACCUUGCAAGAACCACCCAUGAUUACAGUCUCAGGGACUGAUACGAACGCUAACAACCCAGACACAGAUCAAGAAGGAAAGAAAGAAAGACGCGAUAGUGUAGACCGAACGCGGAAUCGCCACAGUUUGUACUUCCCACGGGUCAGUAUUCAGAACUCACCUAAGACAGCGAAGCGGAUAGCCAAGCGUGGUGGGAUCGGAGGGGAGGGUGAGUCGGUGAGGUUCAGAUCAAAAUCCACCAAGUGUGACGCUAAGCAUCUCAGUGUGGACGCGACGAUGUUUGACGACGAUGACGAGUCGGACGAUGAAGAUCUAACUCUGAAUUUACCCUGGUUAAAUGCCGUGAUUCAGCUGAACAGCUCAACCGCGUUCCUGUGUGAUCACCAAGGAGUUUGUCCUGUUAAUUGUCACCAGCGGCAAAGCCGAAGCUGCACACGGAUGGUGAAAUCACUGAAGGCAGUUUACAGCACUUUGAACAAGAACGACAAAGCUUCCGACAAGCAGCCUGGCAGAGCGCAUGGCAUUCAUGGCAGUCCGCUGAUCAGUGCACCGCAAGUUGGUUCUGUGGAACAGGCGACUAGGAAGGAUAAAGAGGACACAGAAAUGAUACAAUAUAUAUCAUCAAGCGUAAGUUAACAGAGUAGACUCCCACAGAGCAUUUUAGUGCUUGAGAGCUAGAGUUGCAGGGAAAGAAUCUUUUAAACUCAUGUGGAGUUUCAUGUAACUUUUCAUAGUCAAUUUAUAGUUGUUUUGAGAUUGGUCGGAAAAAAAAGCGUAAAAAGUGCACGCAAUAACCCCGAAAGGUAAUGUGGGUAGUUUUCAGGUCACGGUUUCUUGACUUCAUGAUUUCAGGGGAAUCUUAGAAGACGUCUCUGUAAGGACGAGGCAUAGAGGGUUGGAUUUUUUUUUUUUUUACUUUUCCCUCACUCAUACCAAAAUUAAGACACGUUUCACGAUUUGUUUUGCCAAACACAAUUAAUACCUUUGGUUUUUCUUAAAAGAAAUCAUUAAACUGAUCUUUUCCAAAUUUAAAUGUAGUUAAAAGGAAAUCCAAGAUGCACAGUAAUUCUUGGAACCCUAUUUUGAAUUCGGCUUUUCACUUUUAGUUGGCAGAUUUUCCUUUUGUUAAACUUUACUGUUUACUGAUGUGGAGUGUGAGUCAUCAUUGUUGAGUUCUAUUUUGUUGUUUUAUUUCAGCUCGCAAGUUUGACUCAUUGUCCAUUCUCAGUAAUUGCCAAGGCGGGUACAGUCAUCGAAAAAAGCCAUCUUAUGGAUACCUUGCCUGUAGUCUGGGAACUGUUGCUUGAUGAAGAUCAACAACUGGUAUCCUCUGCUGGUAAGGUCUUGAAUACUGAUCAAAAUGAUGCCGUUCUUUUCCAUUUUCAUUUAAGUCGCGGAAUAAAUUCAGGAUUUGUUAUUGUUUACUUCGCCCCGUGAUUAGUCGAUAAAAAAAUUAUUGCAACUUUCUAAACCAAUCAGAUGCCAAACUUAAAUUUUUCCUACACUUCAAGGACUUUGCUUGUUUGAAUUUCUUGUUCCUACCCCCUUAAAUUUUCGACAGUUGCAGCGGUCCUCUAGUGCAAAUAUGUGUUAAAAUAAAAACUUAAUUAAGUUCAAAGGAUCACAAGUUUUCAGUUUUUACAGAUAUGAAAAAAUAGUAACGGUUUCGAUGAUGAACUUAUUGAUUCCAAAUUACUGUCUCGAAAUAUGUAGGAUAAAUUUUCCAACAAACACAGGUUGUAACUUCCAGGACUAAAGUAGCUGAUGAUAUUUAGGUACUUUUAUUUUGUGUUAUAGCUGCUGAUAUUUAGGUAUUUUUAUUUUGUGUUAUAUUUUAUAGCUUCAGUCUUUCUUUUGACUGGAAUACGUCUGCGGGACACGGUGGAGCAGAUGCUACACAAAGAACUGACUUGUACUGAUGCCAAUGAAAGAGUCAAGUCUCUCCAGAGGUGGGUAAGAAUUGCUACGCUUACGGCCAGGAUAUCAGCUGAAAGGCUCAUUCGCCGGAGUUCAUUUCGGGCUCCAAGCUUUAUGAUUUUCCUUCCUACUACUCGUUAACGAGUAGAAAUUUAUUCAACAUAAAUUGUCGAAUACGUGUGAAAAAAUACUUCUUGCAAAUGUUAGAUACAAGGAAAAUUGUUCUCUGGGUUGAGAGUUGCUGCUGUGUUUUAGUGAGUUUUCUUGACUUUCAUUUGUUUAUUUCUCCUUCAAUUGUAGAUUUGAGGUUUUGUGGCAAUCCAGGUAUCAUGCUUGGCCUAGACUUGAGGAAGGAGCAAGACUGAUUCUAAAGGUUAGGAUGUAUCCCUUUUUAUUCGGGAAGAGACGAAUCCUACUAGGGUUUUUGUUAGUGUUCUGUACGAAGUCAUUGUGUUGAGUUUUUGAUUAGUCAACGUUCAGAAGAAAUGCUGAGGGGAGGGGGAGGAGGGUCAUUCUUACACACUUACAGUGGAGUAUAUAUUUCUCAUUUUGAUUCUUUUCCAUUAAAGGUUCCGCCACCUAAAGUUGACUUCACCCUCCCCUCCCCUGCCGUUGGUAUGCCUUCAAGUCACCCCCCUGACUGCCCUUGGGAUGCAAGUCUCAUCCUGGAAGAGCAGCAGGACAAAAAGAAUCGAGAUAAGAGAAAGAUCCGCGACAAUAGCAGCGCUUUGAAGAAGCAACAAGAGCGAUCUGAGUUCUUAUUGCGAGCUAUUCCGGUGUCAAUGGAGACAACAGUUGGUGUAAAUGUUGCAGAGGAUGAAAAAGGUGAGUUGCUUCAGUGUUUGUUCCACUUGUUUCAACACAGGAUACCUAGUUGUGUCUGCAAAAAAGAGCUUGGAUUGUGAUAAGCCAUGGCAGAGAUGACCAUCCCUCUGUGUCAAUGCCAGGGUUAAUCCUUAGCCUUUGAAGUCAAGGUUAGAUAAACAAAGCUAAUUGUAGAGCCUUUAAAUCUGCAGUAUUUUUUUGAAUUGAGAAUUUCUUAAUUUUUCCAAAGUCCUAUAUAUCUGUUUUUGGUUGGAGCUUGGAAGACACGACCUGUAUGUUAUUACUCCACCUUGGAAGUUUGGCUUAAAGUUACUGUGAGAUUUGAUCUUUUAGUGAUAUGCAAGUAUCGAGAAUGUCCUAAGUUGUUGGCCACGGCUGUAUUUUAUUCGCAGCUGUGGUUGUCCUCUCUUGAAUUUGUCGUAAAAUAAAGUCUAAAAUGAACUAGCCGUUGCCCAAUCUUUGCACAACAUGAAACAGAUGCCCUGUCCUUCCUUAUGUGACAUACCAAGCAACAUAACAUCCCAAACGGGCGUUUCACAACCUCCAACAAGCCCUUGUUACCCAAACGUUCAUAUUACCUUCAAUUGUGUUAUAAGUUAGACAGGUUCGUCAGACAGUUGAAUAGUGUGAAUUUGAAGGCGACAAGGUUUCCACUUGCUUCGAGAAAAGUCAUCUUUCCAUAGGAACAUGCACUUGUUUAUUUUAAGGGCAUCACUCGUGACAAGGUUAGAACCAAAAAGGCAGUAGAUCGGCAAUAGCACGGAAUGAGUCCGAAAAUGUUGUUUCGAAAUAUGUGAAUCACCGACAGUUAAAGUACGCAAACGUGUUUAAAGUGUUAAUAAGAAGCAUACACCUUGUGCAUAAUGAUAAAUCUCCAAAAGGUUGCGUUUGCAUUCUUAAGCUGUUUAAUUAAUUCUGUCAACCAGAGAAUAGUAAAUACAAAGUAGCAUCUGUCCAUUUUGCUGUUCUGGAACAACGAUGUGUUAGCUAACAAAAUCAAAUUGCCGUAAUAAUACCAGUAGUUAAAGUGAUAGCACUCUGACUUCCGUGAGCACGGCACAAUCACUGGCACGCAGGAUUGCAAUCCAUUAUGCACAUUAAACUAAAAAAAUGCAAACGAAAGGCAACACGCGUAUUAAAGUAAAUAUGCAAACAUACCAAAAUGUAGAGCUGCGGUAUUCUCUCAUUUCAUGUCAUUAAAAAAAUAAACCUUCUUGAUACUUUCUCGCAAUGAACAUAAUGUUCCACGAAAUUGCCAUCAAGAGCAUGAAUAUCAGCCGCAGUGUUUUCAAUUGAGCUGGCAUCAGCAUUGGCCAAACAUCAUUCCAAUGGCACAAUCAGGAGCACCAGUAGUGGUGCAAACAUUGGCAACCCAGAUGGCACCCGCUCUGGCUUAUGUUAAUUGUAAUAGCUGUAUUACAAACUCCAUUAUAAGCGCUGGCAUUGGCAAUUAAGGUCGCACCAGUGUAAGCUUCUUAUAGGCAUUAUGGCACCACGAGGAACCCCAAUUUUAGCACUUUUAUAGCAAUUAUGAUGGCAUCAGCACUAGCUUUUUAUUCCUUAAUUGACACCAUCAAGAGUACCAACACUGGCAUCAUCAUUGGUGGUACCCGUACCGAGUUACGUUCACCACGAUGGCAGUAUCACGAGCUCUAAUGUAGGCACAAUCAUUGGCAGUCACACUGGCACCAGCACUGGCUUAAGCACAGUAAAAUCACUUGUACGGCACGAUUAUAAAUCAUGAAAUAAGAUUUACGCAAAUCGCCAUGUGCUUUGUUUUUUCUUGCUGCUGUGGAUUUCAAUAGAGAAGGAUUCUCGCAUGGACGUUUGGCAUUACCACUUGGAAGGGACAGGAAACUCACAAGAUGUGACGGGAGAAGAUGGAGGUUUGAGCUUAUAGAACAUACGUAUCAUGUGUCUUCGGUACUCUCUCCACUUUUUUUUUUAUUUAUUUGUUUAGUGUUUUACAAACUAAAAUGCAUGCUUGUUUUGGAACAAGUGCUUAAAAGUCAGUGUAGGUAUUAAAAUUCAUAUUUCUUCGAAUGGUUGAACAACAAGAAUGGUGCUCUCACAGAGUAGACAAAAUCCGGAUAGUGUACCAGAGGUUAUUCCCAGAGAUUGCUCAUUUUGUGUCAGCGUUACUCUGCCUGUCUUAGCUCUUAUGGUUGGAAAAUGGCACAGCGGACAAUGACAGUCUAGCUUAGAGAGUGCCUCAACCAAGAGAUGUUUGGGGACUUCAGAGGCUUUGAUUAUGCCCGCACUACAGGUUGACAAGCACGCCUUGGCUUGGUGUUUACGUGCUGAUAUGAUACAGUGGAUUUCAGCCUCCUUGCCAAGUGGGCGCGCAGUGUAUCUUCUCUUUAAGACAACCUUGCAACAUCAACAUGGAACCGGAUAAAAGAAACGAAAUCAAAGCAAUAACAAAACAGAACACCAAGCGUCUCUAGUAUUUAGGAAAACAGAGAGUUUAUUUUCAGUGGAAUUUUUCCCUUAUAUCCUUUUGUUUCAGGUUGAAAUGUUGAUAUUUCUGUUUUCCUCAUUUUAUUUUUACUAUUAAAGGUGAAAGUCAACAAGUAGAAGCUGAGUUAUGGCCGCAAGCUGUGUCAUCAGCCAUUCCUGACAUCAUCAAAAUGAUGGAUGACGUACUAGUGGAUAGUGACAAAAUAGCUGGUUAGUGAAUAAGUUUGUUGCCGAGGGUAGUAAUGAAGAUGGUGAAUUGAUCGUCAAAAGAAGUGUUAAGUGAACUUAAGUUCAUCAUCGGUUUGGUUCACGCUGUAGCACAGAAGUCAGUGAGCUUGACUGCAACUGAAUAGUUCCGGGUUCGACCCAGCAUUUUCUAAGAUUUCACUUUCAAUUCGCUGUUACCUUCCUAUACUCUGGGAUGGAGAUAGGUUCUGUGAAAAUAGAGUAUCACAGCCAAGAACACAACGCAGAGACCUGUUCAGGGUUCGAGCUCGGAAGUACUUUUGUAGAAUAGGGGGCGUAAACUGGGUUACAUCAUUCUCAACUCCUGUGUUUCAUCCGUAGUGAUGGAAGUCGCCCGUCGUCUGGUUUGGAGGUGCUUAGUGGAUGAUCCAGUUCUUUUCUUUAGAAUUAUUUUGGAACAAGUGACUAAGAGGGACAAACAGGUUCGUUGAACUGCUUGCUUUGUUGUCUUUCUUUCCAUGUCCACUUAUUUCAUCUUAGUUAAUUUUUGAUGCGUUUUUGUUUCUUUGCACAGUUACAGUAUGAGGUUUUCUUCCUCAACAAAAUUUAUGUUAAACAGGGUACCACUUAACAGUAGUGGGAACACUGGUAAACCUGUAACCCUUAUUUAAUAAAGUCAAACAAAUAAUGUAAAUCAAACAAAGCACGUUUCUAAGCCUUUGGUGUCAGUGGGCAAAUGCGUUGGAAAGUUACAAUCGAUGUUAAGGAGUUGAACUUAGGACUAUCCAGAACUACAUCCAUCAGGUGAACAAAGAGGAACUCGAACCCUGGACCUCUGUAUUGCAAGUUCGAUGCUAUUACCGCUCUGUCACACUUUAAUGCGACAAGUUAAUGUUUCCCCCGUGUUCACAAACUUUAUUUGAUUUCUUGAAUUAGGAGGAACACAUCUCUCUUCUAAGGAAGCUGCUUCUUUACAUCACAGAGCUGCCACAAGCAUCGUCUAGAUUUCUUAUAAACAAUCUGGUUAGUAAUGGAUCAUGGUAGUGUCGAGUUUGAAUGCGUUUGGACUUCUUGGUUUGCUAUUGAAUUACGUUUUAUUUCCGCGAAGUUAAGCUUCGCAUCUGAGCUGAAGUGCAGAUUUGGUAAAAUUCAGCUCGAAUGAUACAUCUUAGUUCCCUUUCUUUUUCUAUUUAUUUGGAGUUUAAAGAUCGAAAAGCUGGAUUCGUGCCCUUGGUCCCCUUGAAAAAGCUUAGGAAAACCAUGAUGGUCAACAUCUUCACCAGUGUGCAGCCCAAACCAACUAUGAACAGUAUCCCACGAACGGGGGGUGUAGGUCUCUGAUUACUCUAUGUUGUCUGUAUCGUUGUACAAGUCAGAACUUAUUGUCUUUACCUUUGUAUAACAUGCAGUCUGUCUCUUAACAGAUCGGUGUUGCCAUGUAUUAUGCUAGAACUAACAAGCCUGGUUCCCAGGAUUCGCUUGCCUUGGUGUUGUCGCUGCUCUGGCAGGUAGGAGGCAUAAAAUUGUCACGAUAAAAAGAUGCAGAUGUUAUUUUUAGAAACCACAUCAAUUUUGUUCUUUCCUUGAGAAAAUACGUAUGAAAUUAGGAUACUGAUCAUGAUUUGAGAUUCCAAAGUGUUUUAAGUGUUUACUUCGUUCGACUUUUUUUGCAUUUUCGACACAGAUUUAUUCUCAGUAGUGCUUUUUAGUAAAUAUUCUUGCGAAACUCCUUUGAGCUGUUACAAAACACAGAGUACCCACACCUACCAGGACAAACACCUGCAUUGUUACCCGACUGUGAGAGUCAAGUGUUUACUUCAGAGUACACCACAAAGAGCCGGUAAAGAAUUUGGAUAAACAUGAUCGUUAGAAAGUGAUCAGUUAGGGGAUGUUCCCCUAAUGUUUCCCUAAGUUCUAAACACUUGCUCUAAAGAGAUUUAUGGUCAUUCGUUGGAUAAGUUAGCUCUGAAAUCUCGGGAUUACAAGGCUUGAGGUUCACUCAAUUUCACUCCACAGGCAGUGCCAAGCGUGCGGGGAUUUUUGUUCAAAGAUCUCAAGCAGUGUCUACGGAAAGAACAUUGCGAUGUGAGUUGAUUGAUUAUUACUUUUCACUCAGACAGGGCGUUACGUGGAUUUUUUUGGGAUCACAAGCCAAUUUCUCUUGACUCGCUUUUCACAAUUUAGUUUUGAAUGGUCUCAUUUGAAUGAUGUCAAAAUUAGAUAAAGUCUAACGCUUCAUUUGAAAAUGCACCCAAUGAAUGCAGGUUCUGUUGUUAAAUAACAGUGAAAAAAGUUUAGAAAAAAAAUGACAGGCAAGUAUGCGACACAUGUUCAAAUUUACGAGAGAUAACAAAAUAUCAUUAAUACUUGAACCCAGCCCUUCUUUAAGUAAUGAAAAACAAGAAUUCCGUUGAGAAACAUGAUUGUUGUGUUCAUGUGAUUUGCUUUUCUAGUACAGUUUUUUUUUCGUAGUAAUUAUCCUAAAGUGGUUUCUAGGAGGUCUCCUCGUCAGAUCAUUCUAUUUCGUUUGUAUAAAUAUGAACGUUAAAUGGCCAAUGAGUGAUGAAAUGAUGCUUCGGUAACUCUGAAGUUAUACCGAAAAGAAGUUGGACUUGAGCAUCUGGUAAUAGGCUCUCAUUAUCCAAUAUUGAGAUGAUAACUAAGUUAACAGAUUGAAGGACACUUCAUAACCAGCUUCAAGCAGUGUUUACGAUGGUCAGGCCCUAAAAUUUACUUUUUUUUUGUAACAUUUCCUAUGUAUUUUUUCUUUCAAACAGAAUGCCUUACGUAUCAGCUCGAAUGUUCCUGGCGCUAAGGUAAUACAUUGUUUGGUUAUUAAACUGACAGAUGUCUUGUUUUUGUUUUUGUUUCUGUGUGUUUGUUUGUUUGUUUGUUUUUUGUGGUAUUCACAUCCUAUAAACAAUGGUAAAAUAAACGUCAACUCUAGGUUAUAAGGUUGUGAAUUAAAGGGAUCGUAUUAUCGCAUGAAACACGGAUCCGUUCACUUUCAAGAGAAGAGAGCAUGUAUCAGCCUUCAACUCUUUACACCCUAAGAUCAGUAUACAUAGUCUCCAUACUGUUCUCUAUAAAUUUCCUAAGGUGCUGAGAAGGAGAAUUUGUUUAACAAUCAAAAGCUCCUGUACUUGUUGAUCAUUUACAUUAUUCUCGUGACCUUAUGUAUGAUUAAGGGAUGAUAUUGUAAGGAGAAAUUAGAUGCUAGUCACUCUUAGGGGUUAAAGGGUUUAUAUAUGGCAAGUUAGUCCUGCGGUAAAUCUGAACGUUCUGAUUGGUUCUUACUUGGUCGAACUUUUGCCAUACGGACUGUUUUCACGGAAACGGUCAUAAGCCGUGCAUUUUUGAUCGCGAAAGCCAGCAAAUUAAGUGAAAUAAAUUUGAUGCGAGUGCCAUAAUUAUGGUGAGGGACUUACUAACCUUGCUUUUUCGAGCCUUACGUGGGAAUGAUGGCCUUCGGUCGUUUUGUGCGAACUUCGCUGUGCUCGGUCUUCAUUGUCACGACCUGGGGCCAAUAUUCCACUGAACGGCCCUCUUGCUCGGUCAGUAACACAUUAUUACUUAGAUAGUGCCGGUAUGAAUUUUUUCUUCACUGCGCCUUCAGCAUAUAGAAAGAAGUCUGUAUAUGUUUGUGAUUUUGUUGCGAGAGCAAGAGUUCCCUUCUUUGUUUGUUUUACUCUUUCAUUUUAUAUCGAAAUUUCUUUUUAAUUUAUGUUUCUUCCAGAAACUUUGCGUGAUUCUUCCCGAUCAAGAAAACGAUGAAGAGGAGAAAGACCAGGAGAAAACCAAAGAAACAGUUCCCGUUCAUGAUGUAGGAUAUGUAAUAACUUUUCAGUCUUACGAUUUCCAAUUAGUUCAAUUUUAUGUAUGAUGUGGAAAAAGUAUUAAAUGAAAACCGGAUUUUAACUUGAAAUCAGCAAUUUUUUCCUAUUUAAGAUAAUGCCUUUGGGGGCAUGCAAACAAUCCCAACUUACAAAAAAUGUAUUACUAGGAAAUGACAUUUGGCAAGGUCCUAGAAGCGUUUAAGUCACGGUACCAAGACUCUGGCAGUGAAGGGAAAGAGUUGUAUCUCAUUGACAAGAAAUCAGGUAAGAAGUACUUUUCGGGAUUUACAACUCGUAGUAAGGUGCAAUCUUUUAAUAUCGUCACCAUUCUUGCCUUAUGUAACUCCCCAGAGUGUUUGUUUGACUAUCAAAUGAAUUUUUCGCUGUCGAUCUAGAAAGAAAGUCCUUCAGAGAUUUGAUGUUCUUUAAAGUGAAAUUACAUUUCUCGACAUCUUUCACCGCUAGGUUUGCCUUGUCUCUAGCAAGGUGUCAUUGUCUCAAAGAAUCCUUCUAUGAUUCGGUGUAACCAGAAUUCUGAGUUUAGCAAACGGAAAAAUGAAACUGAACGUUGCUUUUUGCUCUUCACUUGUGAGGCUGUUUUGAUGGCGUAAAAGAAGACAAGAGACAUUAUUUUUAAAGCUUAACUCAUUGUCAUUUAUAUCCCAACUUUAUGCAACUUGAAGCGACUUUAAAUGCAUAAACAUAAAUAUUCAGUGCUGCUUAAAUUGUUCAGGUGCUUUUAGGAAGACAGUUAAUUAUAUGUUUAAAUAAAAAGGAUGGUUUGGACAAAUUAAUCGCCCCGAGAUAUCUGUCCACGCCGCUUCCUCGGCGAAAAGUCAGCAUCGGUAAGCUACGGAAAAAUGGCUUUGUUUCUUUUCCUGAACAGGACAGCGAGGCCAGGCUUUGGAGCCAGGGGAAAUAUUCGCCUAAUAAUUGAUGUAAUUCCUUUCAGAUCAGAUACUCGAGGAGAGAGACCACGUACGAGAUGUGUACACUCACCGCAAGGGAUUUCCAAGUCCCAUGUUGAUGUUGGACUUUUUAGAUCAAGAAUUGGCGUUUAACAAAAGACAAUCACAGGUACAGGAACGGAAUUACAAUCAUUUACUCAUUUGCUUGAAAUACUCAUCACAAUAGGCGGUCGAUGAGAGACAGGCACAGGUACACCCUUAUAGCUUGAAAGGGAAAAUGCUCUAAGGUCAUGAACUAAAAUGAAGAUAGCAGAUGUAAUCAAAUUGAUUUCCGGACAAAUUGACAAUAAAUGUCUGGUUAAAAUGAAACUCUAAUAACCGAAGUCUCGUCCUGGUCACUGUUAAGCAUAGUUCAAUUUUUUUUCAAAUAUGGCGCAAUUUUUAGAACGUUUUACACCGGCCCGUAACGAUUAUCCGCUUCUAACAGAUUUGAAACUAGUACAAAGCCCCGUUUUCCAGGAAGUUCUUUGCAGUUUAUUCGGUAAAGAAUCCCACCUCAUACUCCCACCGGCUGAGGGUAAAAUCCUCUUAAGAACUUAACACUUUUUUGACAUCUGUCCAAGAAUAUUUAUAUGAUGCAAUCUAAUUCCUUCUCUAUCACCUUUCCUCGAUCUUCCUUAAUUCUUUUUUUCCAUUCUUACUUACCUCUAACCUAGACUCCCGUCUAUUCUUUUUCGUAGGCGUUUACAAACAAGAUCGCUGAGAUUGGACGAGUCCUUCUGUCGUCAUCCAUACUUAACGCGUUACCCAAUCAGGUAACGACAACGUAAUUACAGCCUUCAACAAACAUCAGGGAACACAUGCUGGAGAAGUAUUUUUAUGAACCACUGUGCCAUCGAACACUCGUUCCUAGUUUUCUCUUGUUAUCUAUCCGUCCUUCCUCCUCCCCAGUCCCAUUCUCCUUUGUAGCAAUAGUGGACAUCAACAUUACAUAACAAUGGUUUAGAGGGAGAUAUUUUGCAUGUCUGCUUUUCAUUGAAAAAAGAAAGGGAAUGCCAAACAUAUGGACGAUUUAACACGAUGUGGGAGUGAUUGUUCUUAAUCCUCUCUUUUUUUUCUUUUCUUUUUUUUUAACAGAAACACAUCUCUUUUCUUCACGGAGAGUUUAGUCGUCAAAUCUCUUUUCCCCGAAAAGCUCUUGAUUGUGAUUUUUCUCUUUAUGCUGGUGGCACCAAGGGAUCAGUAAGAACACAUAUCAUUGUAAAGUCUAAUCCACUUUGAACUCCAGCCGCCUUGGAGGGCAAUAACGUUUGUUAAAAGUGAAACCGUGGGUGCAACGUGCCAAGUGGCCUGUACUUCCUGAACUUAUCUUCGUUCUUGUUGCCUUAAGCGACCGGGUGUAUACUCCCCCCUGGAGUGGGAUAGUGGGAUGCGGGCCCAUGUAAUUUUACCCCCUCUCCCCCUUCCCCCUCUUCCCCCGGACUCUUCGUGAGCUUUCCUGGACAGUUUCUAGUGCCCAUCAACAUUGUACUCCUCUGGGCGGCAGGACGUUUAGAGAAAACUUGGAUACUUCUUCAAAACACUUUCCUCUUCUUUUCUCUUAAAGGAGAACCCAUUCAUAUGUGAGCUUUAAUUGUGGAAAAUUAUUUCUUAGCCCUAACCCUCUUGACUGUUUGUAUCGGUUGGAGAGGAACGUAACGCUACCGCGUUCUUUUUUUUUCUUUUUUUUGCUCAGGAAAUGCUGAAACGAAUGCAGUCAAGUUAGAAUUUUACGGAAACCGCAUAGCAUAGACAUUCUCAAGUAACAUUUAUGUCACUGUUGAUUGCUCUUUAUGUUGAGAAAAUAGCAACAAAUGUGUUUAUUUUCCUUUCAGGAACUUGCCGCCCUUGAUGUGAUUCAUAAAAGUGUGUGGGUCGAGGUAAGACAGAUAGUGAUUAAAUUCAGUGAUAUACACGUAAAUGAUAGGAACUGAUCUUUGGAUACCCACUGUGACUAGCUUUGGUUUACAACUUCAUCGGUCGACGUAGAAAGGAGUGACCCACAUGAGAGCACUUAUCAUUUUGUGGUCUUUAAAAGCAAUUGAACAGUCUUCGGGUCUACAAAAGCUUUCGAGCGCUUCACAUCAUUUGCGAAACUUGUUAGCUCAGAAAUCAAUAGUUAGUACAUCUUUUUUACUGUCAGCAGUUCUCUGUUGCCCACGUUCAAGGUAAAAAGCGAGAUGGAUAUUUCAUGACUAACUCAAGGCAUUGUUCUGUUUUCAGCUGAUAACGUCACUCUUUCAGUCCAUGUACACGGAUUUUCCGUGGAGUUCUGCAGACCUGAAUCUCUUUCUGAACGUCAUCAAUGGCGCCAUUUUGCUUCACUGUGAAGACGGUGCCAUGCUGCGACUUUGCUUGGCGUCUUUGAUAAACAUUGCAGUUCACUUUAGUCACAUAUUUGCUAGUGAUGGGUAAGGAAUUAUUUGUUCCCUGGUUUGCAUAUCUUGGGAAAUUAAGUCUGUUCUUGUUAUCCAUUGUCGGCCUUUCCUGACUGUCAUUAAUUCUGCUGUUUACCUCUCGUAAGCAAACAGACAAACCCCACCCCCCCCCCCCCCGAACUCCCGUCUCGAUGCGCAAAAUGUUUGGUCUCCCGAUCUUGUCACAAAUUGGAUAAUUAGAAUUACGCUUGGCGACAUGAUGUUUUGGAAGAAUCUUUUGAACAACUGUUUAAUUAUGUAUGGUAAAAAUUUAAAAAAUCGAUUUCAGUCACACUGAACAGUUUGGAGAUUGCAAAGAGGUUAGCAUGCACCAACUAAAUGACUAAAUGGAUGGUGGAUUCGAUAAUCUGAGUUGGAGUGUGCGCCUAUUUUUCUAAAUGAAAAUGAUACGCCCCUCUUCGCGGUAAUGCCCUGUAUAAGACUUGUCCUUUCCGUGGCGUUGAUUUCAUUUAUAUCUUAUUUUAGGUAUCAGCACAUAUUUCCUUCACUUCUUCAAGUCUAUUCACAUCACCAGUCUAAUGAAAUGGUCACCACUGCUAUUGAGGUUGGUGAUAAAUUGCUAUCUUCCUUUAACCUUUAAAAAAGCAUCAUCAUUUGGAUCAUCCGGGGAGGGAAGAUGACUCUUUUGCAAGGGUUAUAUAGAUUUAAAAAAGCUUUUGGUCCGACAUCUGGUUUAGAGUCAACCGUUCCAGACCGAGAUUGGGUAAAAGUUUCUUAUGUCUCUUGGGAUACACAAGUUCUGAUCUGAAAGAGGUAUAUGAAAAUGUAAAAUUGGAUUGGCGAGGCGUUAAGUUUUAAGGAAGCAUAUUACACUUUUCUACCGUAAUUUUUCACAAGCACCUCAUCCACCCUCCAGCUCUUGAAGAAGAAUUUCAAGCACAAAAAACAACAACAACGAUUACAGUGAAUAAAAUCUUCGUGUUAUAUCAGACUCCAACAUUGUAAAUAAUUGUAAUUCCUCAAUCUAAUUAAGUGAUUCCAUUGGUUUUUAUCAUUCUCAGUUUGCGAUGAAGCAGUUCUACAUUUUGCACCAAAAGCCGUGUCUGCUGCAGGUGAGUUAUAUCGAGUCUUGCCACAAUCCAGCAUAAGUGCAGUUCUGUUAGCGACAAAACCUCUUGUUAAUCUACCGCGUACACAAAGCUCCCAUAAUGUUAUUGGUUUUCUCCUUGCGAGUCAAUACAACCCUUUUCAUUCAAUUCAGUUUACGGUCGCUUUCUGAGGAACUUGAAUUCUUGAAUUCUCUAUGUUGUCGAUGGUGAGUUAACUGAUUGAGAAGCUCGUUUAGACAAAUUCUUCCCUAACGAUUUAAAGGUUGCCCUAGCGAUAUUGAGAAAGAGGACCAAUCAGUUUUUCUUAUCUUCUUCAUCGCAGCUCUUUGCCAGUGUAGCACCGAUACUUCUUAUAGAGACGAGGUCCGAUGCAAAUGAGGAUGAAGCAGAUGAUGAAGAUCUUUCUGGCAAAGUAAGUUUCACAAAACGAUGAACCAUGUUACCAAACACCAAGUUGUCUUUAGUCAGAAACUCAGGACGUUGCAAAAGGAAAUUUUAAUGCGGGAGAUUAUAAUUAUGUGGUUUGCACAGCACACUUUUUUUUCAAGUUAUCAGGAACUGAAAAAUUUCCUCAAUCCACUUUUCAUUGUGACUCUCUUGAGCCUUGAUCUCUAUAUGUAACAUUUGCGUGUCCUCCAACGCAGAUCCCUCCCAAAUGUCUGUUUAAUCUGCUGACGUCAUUAGACAAACCGUCACCUGACAGUCUUGAGGUGUUAGACCUGGUGCGAGCCGAGAAUCCGCUGAAACCAAUGGUGAGAGACCUAAAUUGUUAAUAGUCUCCCUUUUGGUGACUUUUUUUUUUUUUUCAGGUGCUGAAUAGACUUAGCCAUAAUUUGAAGUGUUGAUUAUUUGAAGAUCUUAGCAAAGAAGUAGCUCGCCCAUCCACAAUAGUUUGCUCCUUGAUAUUUCUUCUGUGACCUGCAAACCCUAAUGUCAUUAAACCCAGUUUUCUUGUUUCGCAUCCAAGCGCAUCAAACGUGGGCAAUUUUCGCUCUCUUUACCAGAACGCUUGCUAGCCAGCGGGUGAUCAUUAGUUAUUUUUAGCUAAGCUAAUAGUUUCUAUUUUUUUCUGUCGCAGGAUUCAUGUUACGAAUCGUCAAAUGACCCUCCUGGUGUUAGUCAAGUUGACACCGCAGUCCGCCUGUGCGUUACCGUAGUGAAUUUCGCGCCGGAAUCAAAGAGAGCUGUACAAAUGGUGGUAUGUCUUUCUUGUGGAUUGUUUUUGUUUUUGGGCAGUCAUUUAUGGCUGAUAGAGGAAUUUUCAAUUGAGAGUCGAAAGUAAUCUGGAUUUGCUUUAAUGUUACUUUAGUUCGUUGUAUGAUUUGUUUAGAAAACCUGGUCACAUAUGUUUUCCCAGCUUCGAGCAGGUAGCUUGUUUUUACAUUCUUGUCGCCUUUUUGUAAUGUUCUCCUUUUUUUCUUAUUGGUUGUUGUGAUGUCCUUGGUCGGUUUUGGGUUAACAACACUCAAUCGAAUUGCGCUCCAUAGUGUCUGUCUAAUAGGUUGACUGAACGCUUGUAAAUAGCAGUUGCAACUGAGUUGGCGUCUGCUUCUCGUGGCCAAGGUAACCCUGCAAUGGACUAGCAUCCUUUACAGGGAGGUGUAGCAGUACUUCCCUCAUGCUACUGAGUUCGUAAGAAGCUCUGGCUUUUACCUCAGGCUAAAACAUAAACUUCUCUUAUGAGAUUCUCGCAGGGUCGGAUACUUUCCUUAACUGUUCAUUGAAAAAAGGAAAAUUUUAUUCGCAGGUGGUACUGUCUGCCAUUUUGCCACACUACCUGAAUUACCUCAGAACAGAUAGCAGUGCUCCUGAUAGUGAAGAGAAACUGAAAGCAGAGCUGACGGGACUUACCUCUCUUGUCACCUCCAUAAACGUUCUGAUUAAGAGUUCAGAAGUACUGACAAGGUAUUAUUAUAGUUACUGGUGAAAGAUCCACCUGCAUGUUGUUCAGCUUGGAAGUCGAAAUGGCUAAUGGUCAGCCUUGAACUCAGGAUUAAUUGCUUGGGUAUAAGCAACUGGCCUGGUCAUUGUGUUGUGGUCUUGGGUAUGAUGCUUUUCCGUGACACGUCUCUCAACACAAUCCAACCCAUCCCAGGCUGUGAUGUAAAUGAUUGGAUAUAUGCGACUCGUCUGGGAAAUCUGACGAAAUGCUUGGGGGUGGGGUGGGACAAGGAGCAGUACCCUUUGUUGCUUUAUCACCAUGGAAAAUUUCAGUCUCUUUAAGCCCUAUUUAGUCUGUUCAUUUUGUUCCUUUUUCCCAGGUCGUUUGUGCACUUUCAGAGCUACAAGGCAUUUUCAGAUAAGUCUGGUAUCUUUCCUGAUCUGGCUUCCACUACGUCACUGAUGUUAGGUCGAGGAAGCAUCAGCAGCACAGAGGCACCAAGCGCAGCUGACGAAGGGGAACUGGGUAAGUUUAAAAUUGUAUCUUUAUCGUUAAUCUUCGAGGGGCAAGGUAUGGGAACAGCUACUUUGGUUUCCAUAGCACGUACCAUAUAAUCUACGAUCUUAAUACAAACGCUUGUCUUAUACAAUCUAAGCGUGAAGUUAUGUUUUCGCCACGAGUCCUUCCUGUGUAAUUUUGCAAGUCCUGCUCUUCUGCUGUUUUUCCUCACUUAUAAUGCUUCUUGGUCGCGUUUCAAUAGAGCAUUUAGCUUUUCGUAUCAAUUUUUUCUCUCUUUUUUAAUAAUUUUUUAAGUCCUGCUCUUCCGCUGUUGCUUUUUUUUUUUUUCUUUUGGCGAAAGCACUAUAGCACUGGUAAUCUCUCUUGCCUUGUUAUCACGUAAUAAUUAAACCUGGUUCACACGCGCGAUGCAAAUGCAAACGCAAAUGUAAGGAGUUACACGUGUGAACUACCUCAAUGGCGUAGUUCACAGGUUCCAUCGGUUCCAUUCCACCACGGCACAAUGGCGUCGACUUCUUCCGCCAUUUCGGGAAAAAAAACUUGCAGAGAGCGUACGGAAAGUACCUGUACUUUUCGACAAAUGUUUUCCAGAAUCAAAAGACAUAUCAUAGAAGAGUCUUCCUUGGAAAGAGGUGGCCGGAGAAGUUAGCAUAAAAUACGGCAUGUUUUACGAAAGAAUAUAAACAUACACAAAAAUAUAUCAAUGCCGUAACAAAAUGGUUUCCGAACCAUUCAGUAAACAGUUUACGCGAAAACUUUUCACCUCAGAGCUUUUUAAACGAAAACGGCAUGCACGAGAAAUCUAAAAUUCUUUUAGAGGGCACAAGAAAUUAAUCCCAAAAGUUAGUCGCAAGAGUCCAGAGUCACUUCGUUACUUAUCGUGAGUUGAUAUGAAACACUAAAAAAAUUGAUUAUUUGGGUCCCAUUUUCCGUUGCAUAAACACUUAUGGCCUCAUUUGCGGUUAUUUUGUUUGAUAUUCUGAUAAGAUCUCUGACUUCUUAAGGUCUGCUCAGUUGACCCUGUUUCCGUAGUUGAACACGCACACCAUAACAAACACGUCACGCAAAUCAAAUUAAAACGUAAAAAUCAUGGAGUAUUUGUAGCCUUUCAACGAAAGUCUUUUCUCUUUUGUUAACUUUCUUACGAUAUUUAAAAUCUCUCAACCCUAGGAGUUUCUUAAGCGAAAAUUACCUCCCCAGACUUUUCGAAACUUAAGCUUAGUUUACAUUGGAGCUGCAGCGACUCAGAAACCAUUCUGUUUAUUGAACCUGCAUGAUCUGUUAAUCACUUGUCUGUGUGAAAAAUUAAAAUUUGUUUUUGGGUGGAGAUAACGAGAUUUCUAUUAAGUAGAAAAAAUGAUUACAGUCGGAUGAUUCUUCUUCUUUAACAUCACGUAAGUUCAGAUUAACUUUUCUUCUGUAACUCUUUGCAUCCGCUUUCAGUGCAUCAUGCAAUGCCUUCAUUCCGCUUGUUUGUAACCAAGCAUGCAGUAUGAGUUGGUGGAAAAAGCAAUCACAUUUCUUACAGAGCAGAGAGAAAGAGAAAAGGGAUAUUGUUGAACGGUAUAAGUAGCAGAAACACUCAACUGAAGUGCUAGAUAACGAGCCCAGCCAUGCGAAUCGCAUCUUUGGUUUGAGGCCAUUUUCCAUUGUCAAGGGUUAUUCAGAAAUGCCUUAUUCUGUUCCGGUUUGAUGGACUAUGAGAAUUGAUAAUGUCCUUGUUUGGUUUGGUUUCAUGUCAUUUUGGUCGUUACGGUCAUGCUAUACAAGCCUAGCCCCAUUGGUAUUGCCAUGGAUUAAUUCAUUAUUAUGCUUGUGGUAUUGUAGAUGUUGCCAAAUUCAAAUUUCAAUAUUCAGAAUUCCUACAUGUGCAGAGAACAGUAAGUUUCAACGCCCCAAUUAUGCGAGCUAAAAGCUGAUUCCUAGACGAUGAUAUCUUUGUUUGAUUUUUUUCUUUUUUGUUUAAAAGUCUGAAAGAUUUUUCAGUCGUUCAAAGUUCUGAGGUUCUGUGGUCUUUCAUUAGGGCUCAUUACUCAUGCAGGAAUGCUUAGGUUUGAAGCAACUGCGGAUUCACUAUAUCAUUACAAAAGACGCCAAAGUGUGAUACGAAAAUUAGUGACACACUCGGCUCCACUCUUGUGCCACUUUAUUCCUUUAAAUGCAUUUUGGCGUCAUAUUAGAUCCAUUACUGAUCAGACGCACACCAAUUUGGAAUCUAUCUGGUUAUAAGUCUCUCACACACUUAGAUGCUAUAUGUUGUUGAAUUCGAAAUGACUAAGACCUGCCGAUUUGGUCUUUUGAGUUACUGUUUUUACGAUUCACUCGACGUCUGCGUCCAUUUUCAUGGGUUCGGUACGUAACGCUCACUUGUCUUUUCUGUUUCUGUUAUAUCUCUUCUGCAUGUUACAUAGCUGAAGCGCCUUUUGAUACAUGCCUUGUAUGGUUUAGAGCAAGGCUAAUAUCCCCUUUCACGGUGGGAAGGGGGCAGUUAGGUGGAUUUUCAAUCUUAAACUGGUGUAAUAGCCGAGAAACAAUCAGGAAAAGCUCUGCGCUGCUCCAGUUAAGAAAGGGAGAUAACUCCUUGCUGUUGGACCCACUACGUUAUAAUUGUUGGAAAAACUUAGGUUUCGACGGCGUUCGAACCCCUGUCUCUUAGACAUGAGUUGAAGAGAUGAAGCACAAAAAGUACUGGGACUGAGACCGCACAGAUUUGAACACACCGAUUUACAAGACUCAGAGUGCUUUUUCUUUGCCAGGAAUUCGUAGAAAUAUUAAGAAUUAUGUUACUUCUUGUCACAUUUAUCAAAAAAGAGUACUAAGUGAUCAAUUCGUAGAGUACCGUGAUGGAAGAGGCCUCUGAUGAACAAACUGUUGAACACAGUAAGCAAUUGAUCUAAUCGAAUCAAUCAGCCCACCUAUCAAAAGUCACAGAUAUACAAUGACACUGGUAGGUUUUGUAACGCCUUUAAGUUGCGCAAUCGUUGCAGGGGGGAGGCCAAGCAGUGUAAAAGCUUGUGUACAGACUGAAAUAGCAGGAACUAUAGACUUAGCUGAGCAUCAUGUUAAACAGACCUCUGAUUAACCGGAUCAGAUCCGUGUGAUACCCGGUACCUUACAACAAGAGGAAACCUUGAAGACGAAACAUCCCGGAAAUGGUCAACGUGGAAGUUCCUAGAGAGACAAAUUUACUUUACAUAUUGUCCGUCAUCAUCGUCAUUUCCGAAACAAAAAAUUGAACAAAAAACGUCGUUUAUUCUCAAAUAUAUAUAUAUAUAUGUUCCUCUAAUUCUUAAAUAGCAUUUAACGGAAAGAUAUAUAUAUAUAUAUAUUUUUAUACACGUAAUUGAAAAUUGAAGAAGAACUUUAACGUGGCGUUUGUGGUACCUGCAAAUUUAAUUCUCUUUUUACCCAGCGUUUCCUCUAAUCCUAAAAAUCAAGCGACUAGGAGGGAACGAAAAAUUUGUUUCUAUAGUUAGAGGGUUCUAUAUGAACUUUACGGAGCUUCAACUUUGACGUUUGCAGUAAGCGUCAUUCAAAAAAUAAAAAUUCAUUGUGUCACUCGACCCUUUCAUUUUUCCAAGUCUAGAAUCGCCGUUUGAAGAAAACCUUGUAAGGUUUGGGCUUCAGUCCCAUGCCAAUCGUCCCUUCUAGAGAGGGGUAGGGAUAGUUGGGGAGGUUUUCAAUCUUGAACUGGUGCAAUAGCUGAGAAACAAACAGGAACAACUCCGCUUUUGCCAUCAGCUCACCCAAGCACACUCGCCUACCAGCUGAGAACGGCAGAUAACUCAAAGAUGCAGGAUUCAAUACAUUGCCAUUGUUGUCCAAGAACCUGUUGGGGUCAAACUUGGUAGGGCUCUCCCAGUACUUAGGAUCAUGGUGAAUGGCCCAUAAAUUGACUAUCAAUGUGGUGUCCUUGGGGAUGUUGUACCCGUUUAAGGUGGUGUCCACUAGCGCCUUAUGAGGGAGCCCCAGUGGAGCCGGUGGCCUGAGACGUAGUACCUCGGCUAAGGUCGCUUCCAAGUAAGGGAGGUUCUUCUUGUCCGUGAGACUGGGGAGACGCUUGCGGCCAAUCACUUCGUCGAGCUCACGAUGCACCUUCUCCUGAACCUCAGGGUGGUUGUUGAGGAGAAGCAGCACCCAGAGAAGUGUGGAAGUUAGUGACUCUGAUCCGGCAGCAAACAUGUCGGCCAUGCUCAUGAGCAUGUGGUCUUCUGAAAUCAGGGAGUUGAUCUUGUUGUCAGCUUGUUCGUUGUCUUUUAUGACUUUGAUGAGUGCGUCUGUAAAGCCUCUGAUUUUUCCUGGCUCGUAGGUCUCCAGCUGCUCCUUGUACUUCUUAAGAAGGAUCCUGUCUCUUUCUUGAACCGACCUCUUUAGUCGACGGAUGUUGUUUGAGUCGAAUGGCAAUUGUUUAAGUGCAGGGAAUAUGUCCACUAAAUUUCCAAGACCCAGUGUCUCUGCAAAGGUGUCGUUGAGUUCGACAACGGUGCUAAACUCCGGAUCGUAGUCGCUGUAUCGUGAACCAAAGGUCAACGCACAAAUUAUGUUUAGAACUCCUACACUAAUACUCUGACUUGGAUUGUGCGGUUUCCCAUCAUUGAGAUCAAACUGUCGAAAAACUUCUUCGAUCUCUCUGCAAAUGAUCCUUUCUAGUUUCUCCAUUCCUGCACUACACAGCUUGAGUGCUCCUUGUGCAAUCUUCCUUUGCAGUUUCCAGGCGGGAGAGAAAUUUCCGAAGCUGAUUGCGUUUCCGUUAUGGGAAUAGAUAUCACCAGAAUGCACACUGGGUCUGCCUGCAAAGUCAUUAACGUUUCUUAAAAGGGCAGUUUUGGCAGUGGUGAUAUCACUGACAACAACCGCUCGUUGACUUCCCAAGAAGAUCUGGAAAACACUACCGUACUUUUGGCCGAGUUUGGUCAGGCUGUGGAGUGGAACAGUUCCUAAGUUAUAAAGGUUUCCAAUGAUCGGCAGAGUAGCAGGUCCGGGAGGAUAAUUCAUGGCUUUGUUUACCCAGCUCUGAAUUGUGCAGUAGAGGAGCACAACAGCGAUCACGAAAACUAAUCCCUCGGUAAACAUAUCACCGCUAAACAGAGGACGAUCGAACGACUAUUGAGCAAAAUCUGGUGAUGUUUUUGAAGGCUUCGUUUCAAGGACGAUAACCUGAGUUAUCGUAGUAUUGAUGCUUCGGCUUUUCUCUUUAUACGUAUGCAAAUUUUCUUUAUCAGUUAAGGGUCGCUGUUUUUUUAACCCGGUUUUUUUUGUCGCUCUUGAGCUAUUUUAGGGCGAUUUGGUUAAGAACAGUGGGUUCGAUUUAAUUUGUAUCCGGCUUUGGCGGAAAAUUAUGUCAUUUGAAGAUUUAUUGUGUCAAGUGUCUGUGUCCGCUCAAUAGUUGAAUUGCUCCUCAGUCAGUUGUCUUACUGUGAUAAUUUGCACAGUGCCUAGGUCUCGUAAGCGUCUAACCUGCCCAAUGACAUGCAAAAGAGGCAUUCUUGUUAUGCUAACAAAGUGUCACGCUGCUUGCCUCGUUUGCAUGACCAUAAGAAUACUUGAGACCAAACAAUCAGGAAGAGAGAAUGAAGCUGUUCCUCUCAUGUUAACAAGUCGUUAAUAGUGAGAAGGACUGUCUUUCCGUUUCGCUAUGACUCGGCCAAAGUGCAUUGUUUCAACCGAUGCGAUACUAUAUUCAACGCUUUUCAUUGAUAUCUUGUGAUUUUGAUUCAGUAUAAAGGUUUUCGAAAACUUGUUAAUCAAUCUUUAGUUGAUCAUUCUUCGGUUCUUUGAAGCUCACAUUUUUUACGCUUGUUUUCCUAAGGAAAAAAAAACUGUUUUUUAAAUCUACGUGGCCGAUAAUGGUAAAUUUAAUAAUUUUUCCCGAGUGAGGAAUUUUAAAUUCCUGAUCACCCUAGAAGAGCGUUUUCGUAACAUUUGUCAUCCUUUGUAACAUUUAGCGGUCUCAGCGGACUUGUUCUCUUGGUUUUAUUAUUAUUGAUGAUAUGUUGUAGAGGGUCUCCCUUUUCGUUAAAAUAUUCCUAAGAGGAGUUUCAGUAGGCCUUCACGCCAUUUGCGUUACUGACAAUAUGGGACAAGAAACACCAUGCUGGCUAGUCUUAUGCGCAUUAGGGCAUGACUAAAAAUGUAUUUAAAUUAAGCUUUUUUGCUUCAAUUGCCGUACGUGCAAAUUUUCUCCUCAGCAGUAUGCUGCGAGUAUCGUUGACUUUAGGGAGCCCCUUACAGAAGUAACUACUCGUAUAUUUGCCGUGAACGGAAUCCUCCUUUAACAGAACCCUCCUUUAGCGCAAUAGUCGGAAGAAAUAUUUUGUGUUUGUAAGGAAAAUUUGACCUAAAAGAGGGAACCUUUUUUGUAGAGCACUUGAGGAAUCCUCAAGCUAUGUACCAGAAGUUUAUGUUUCAUUUUUUUUACAAAAGGUUAAAUUGAAACAUAAGCUUUUCAUUUUACGAAUAUUCUCUUGAACAUAAGCUGUUUGUCUGGUGACAUUUAUCUUUGUCUAAACGUAUCGAGGUCGGAUAUUGUAGGCUAUGUCUUUUUGAUAUUGCAGCUCAGGCCCAGUGCUGGGCAAAAUCAGGGCUUAAUUGGUGAAAUUUUAUUUAGCUCAUACAUUCAAGCGGUAAGCUGAUAUUGUUGUUAGUUCUUUUAGUCAUACGUUUUUGUGUGGAGAAAAUAUCGCCAAAAGACCUCCAAGAAGUAAAUCAGGCUUGUUUGCGUAAUGAUAUCAGUUGGGAAUGUUAUUAAGUAAAGUUCCAAGUUAACAAUGCAAAGUGCACUCUAAUGAAAACGCUUAGAAGUGGUGCUCUCAGAAGGCGGAAACUUCCCCAGACACCUUUGACAAAAAAAAAAUAAGUCGACUUUGAAGAACAUAUUUUAAUGUAAUUGAAAGCCUCGAGUGACGGAGAAACAUUUGCUAAAUCAUUAAAUUUCGGACUAAAUUUAAAUUUUGGAUAGCACUAAUAUUUUUUAUAAGAUACGCUCGUGUUUCCAAAAAACGGGCAUCUAAAAUAUUCGCAGUAUUCUCGAUACAGUUUAACAGACACCUUUUUUUUCUUGGAGGCGAUGUGGUUCUUUUUAAAGUUAUCCAGUCAAAGAUAGCAAGCCUGUGUGCAAAGUAUAUUGCUUUGCUUACAAUAAAAAACAUUUGUAUCAAAAGAUUAGAUAAAAAGCUGAUUGAUUCAUCGAGUCGCGGAUAAUCUUUCAUCAAGUUUAUUUAUUUUCACCGUCAUUUUUUCUUCCUUUGUUACAUUUGUGAUAGGAAGCUACAGUUUCAAAGCCAUAACAGCUUGAACUUCUGCGAACUUAUUCAAAUGAACGCUUUUUUAAUUGAGCUACAGUGAUAUUAUUUAUUUACAGGAUGUAUUAUGUAAUUCCUUAUCUUAUACAGAGACAAGUAACAUUUCUAAUUGUAGUGGAGGAGAUUUCCUAAGGAGGACAUUUUUGCAACUUGAUAAUUAAUAUUUUUCUCUACCUGCCCUGACAAUUUUUUUACUGUGACACUUAAACGUCAGUAAAUUUCUUUAUUAAUUGCUUUUCCAUUUAUUUUAAAGUAUUUUAGAAAAUAAUAAUUUUAAAAACAUUUUAGCGCAAGUAUCGUGGGAGUCUUCGUUGGUGCUUUUGCUAUUGUACUGUAAGGAUCAACUUGCUGUAUCUGCAUAUCUGGCUCUUUGACGUUGUUUAACAUAUGAAUGUACCUCAGUUCUAUUUCAAAUCUGGUUUUUUAUUCCUUUACCAUUCAUUUAUUAAUAUAUUUAAUCAUUUGCUUUCAAUACAAACUAUCUCACACCAUUUUCUAUGCUGGUAAAAGCAGGACGGCGCUACUUACUAAACUACCACAAAUAGAAACACUUCAAAAACACAAGUUCCAGAGACAACAAAACAUUCGUUGACGUGUACUAUGUGUGCUUGUCAAAUGUUAACAUUAAAUUCUUGCUGAUGUGAUAUCGGGGACAGAGGAACUUAAGUUGAAUAAUAAGAUUAAUUCUGAUCAAAGUAUUUACAAUCCUAUUGUUCUGAGUUUGCUACCAAAGCACGCAUCGUUUGCUUUCAAUUUUACAGAAAUUAAAAUUACCUCUUUACAUCUCUGAGAAUGUAAUUUGGUCCCUAGUUCAUUAUCCCUUCGGCUCCACGGCUCGUUUGCUGAUUCACGUGUCUUUUUGGGAAAGAGAAAGACGCAUGGCUUUCGUAGACUGACUUAGUAUGUUUAAAUCUCUUUAUCGUCAACUUUUAUCAUUUGACAUUUUAAACUUCAUACCUGAGCGAAACGGGCAAAAAAUUUUGAUUGAUACACGUCAUAAACUACUCGUACAAUUAAGAGUCAAAAAGACCAGUGAUGAUUUUACUGUUUUAAAAAUUUAAGUGUGGAACCAAAUACUGAUCGUUUAUUAAAUGAUCAAAUGGCCAGCACAAGAUUGAGACUUUAUUUCUCAAAGCACUCGUGAUUCAGCUUCACUAACACUUUGACUUGACACGCAUGUUUUUUUUUUUUUUUCUUUUCAGGGAAGCGUCCGUUCCUGGAGAGACUGCGGGCUCAGGAAGAGAAAGAUGAGGUAAUGCAAGCAUUAGAGGAGUACCGGAAGCCAAGAGAUGCGCUGUUGAUACUUGUGUCAGACUUCAUCCGAAUUUGUGCGCCACGACUUGAGGAGCUGGAGACGGCUUCACUUCCACCAAGAUACACUGUCCCAGAGUUACUUCAAAGCAUCAGUAUCAAUGUAAGAUUGAAAAUGAUUUGUUUUAUAUUUACGAGUUAUUAAUUUUUUUAACGUUGAGAGACAAUUGCUUUGAAUGAUCGUGAGACAGGUUUGAAUCGCGAUUUUUAAGAACACGAGGAAACAAUUCUUAUGCUUUUCACGUCUUCGUCAGUUAUAAGGUAAUUUGUCAAAAAAAAAACAGUUUCAACUUACAGCAACCUAGAGAAGCGGGCUUAAUAAGUAAUGGUAAAAGGACUGGGUGGAGUCCAAUUCGGUCGGUAAUCAUACGAGUGAAAACAUAAUCGGACGACCGCCCAACGGGAGUCCGAUCAGUUUAUCACGAGUAUGAUUACAGACCCAGUUGGACGACGCAAAGUCUUAUUACCAAUUAAUCGUAAAAAUUACAAUUUCCGGGAAAGGAAGAAUAGCCAAGUUAUGAAAGAAAGGGAAAAUUUGCAUUCAAAGACUGACAAAGGAGGCGUAAAUUGUUUAAUGGUUGAUUUCAACUACAACUUUGAAUGUGAUUGGUUCACUCAACUGUCCGAUAAUCCGAUAACAACUUACCAAGUGAAUUAGUGUAAAAAUAGGAGUUUUUUUAAAUAAGGUCACAAUCGAGAUAACAUCAUGAAACAAAUAGAUGCAACGAAAAUAAAAUGGGUAGAAAAAAUAUUAAAAUGUAAGGUUAACUUGUCAAGUGAUUCACUGAUAAGCUUGGAGUGAAUGAGACUGACAGAAGAUGUUCUGUAAUGCUUCUGUCCAUUUGUUGAUUUUUGUAACUGUAAAUGCGUUUUCCAAAAUCAAACUUAUAUUACUUGGUUAAAUUUAAUUUGAUUAUUCUCUCUUGCCAGACCCUCGCACAGAUUGUCUACUCUUUGUUGAAGCUGGCAGUUUACGACCACGUGACCCUGUCUUGUCUUGGAGUGAAACGGUAAUGUCCUACCAAUGCGUACGUGAAUUUUUUUUGUGUGUGGGUGGGGUGGGGGGUGCCUUUCUUAAAUCUCCUCAUCUUGCAUUUUUUCAGGUGAGGUCUGCUUGCUAGUGGUGAAUAUUGCAUACUGCCUUAAGUCCCGCAGUAUUUUUUUCUUUACUGUUAUUUUAUUCUUGAAAUACAUGGAACAUUUCAGGUACAUGACAGAUGCCUUACCGCUUUUGAAAGGUUCUCCAGAAGCCCUGGAAGCUUCGAUGUUACUCAUUCUUAAGAGAGUCGACAAAAUGUUCGAGAAGCUAGUCAACAAGCCUGACCUGAUGGUAAGAUUGCCAGUCACUGUGGAUCAUAUUAGAGACCUUAAGAUACCCCGAUCCGUUAGACGGCUACGGGUGAAUUAACGAUAGCCGCACUCGUGAAAUGUGGCGGGAAGAUCAACUUAAGUUACCCGGAAUAAGUCUGAGAAGACUGAAAACAACUUCUUGACUUUUGGUAAACAUGGUGGCUUUUUGGCCAGAUACACUUGAUGCGGUUCACAUAAAUGUUUGGUACAAUAUUGUCUGCUAAAAGAAUUUUUCGACUUCGAACAAGUCUCCGUCAUUCACCUCCAAUGACCAAUCAGCUGGUUUUCGGAAAAGGUUUCUUUUUAAUUAGACUUAAUUUGGUACAACACAAAUUAAGCAUCACAAAUUAACUCACACUUAAGCUCAUUUUGAUUUUAUACUUUUCUGAACGUCGUUUGCUGGUCUUCUCGGCUUCCCCGUCUUCACCACAAGUAACCACUCGUAAAGUGCCAUCUACCCCGGAUAAACGGCUAGGUUACCCGGUCGUGUGAUGAUGUCAUUACCAAAUACGGUCAAACAUGGCGCCCAACCCGUAAACCGCACACCGAAGUUGGGUAUCUUAAGCUCCCUCUUAUCCUAAAGAGACGCUUCUUUUACUCCUAAUUCUUUUCUUAUUUUUGCAGAGGUGCAUCGACUGGAAAUCUCUGGAGGUUUAUCUUAAAGGUAGACUUAUGUAUUUUAACUCCACUUCCACUUGAGGAGCAGUUGCCCUCGAUUGUUUGUUUAUUAGCUUAUGUGAAAGCCUUCUCUGUCGAGAUUUGAACUGGAAAUCUUUUAGAGGUGCUGUAAUAUUUGGGAACCCUGCUGUUAAUAGUUUAAUGAAACACCCUCUCUAUAAAGACCAUCUUUAAUGUAUUCCCCCUCAUCUUGAUUUCAAAGUUCACAUAAAGCUCCCGUCUCAAAUGAUUUCCCCGUCUAACACUUCAAGGAACAAGUGAGCCCCCUCUUGAAUGAGUUCCCCGUAUGAUCAAAAUUUUCUGAUUACCUCCCCCCUUCAAUAAUAUCUCCACCGUAUAGAGCUUUCUCAUUAGCUUCCUUCUGUAAUCUCUGGAGUUUGUAAUCAGCCUCCCCUCCCGCUCUUCCGAACCCCCCCCCCUUUCCUCUCCACCAAUCCAGAGCUAACAAAGCUUUUCAGCUUUCUAACCCUAAUUCUAGACGAAAAUGAAGUCUUCCACUUUAGCCCCAGUAAGUGCCUCAUAGCUUUGCCCUCUCCGUAGCCCUUUGUAAGGAGUCGCUGGCGCCGGUCGCAAAGUAUAUCUCCCCUCCCCCCUUCCUCCUCCACUACCUAGGACUUAUCUGAGUGUGUACGACAUUUGAAGACAUGAAGGUUUUCCGUUGUUUCUUUCAUCUUUUUGCAGGACUUUAUAUGACGCUUUGUAAAAGGCCAUCAAUAGCAAAUUCCCCGUAUUUAAAGGUAAACUGUGUGAUAAAUAUUCAAUUUUCUCGCCAAUUAUUUUUCUCUUUAUUCAAUGCCACAUUUUCUUUCGUUUGAAAAGCACAAGCAUGAUCUCCCAGUGCAUUGCCCUGACUCGCCACCGGCUCACUACUUUCUUGUGAAGGCUGUCACACAGAUGUGCACGAUGCUGCACUUCGUCUUCGUGUUUCACAACGAGUUUGUGUCUCUCGCUUUCGGAAAAAAUCUCAAAGUGCGUUUUAUCAUCGCGAUAUCAUCUCCUUUCCAUCCUCCUCAUUUCCUUAUGUUUUUACUGAGUCAUUACCCUCAAGUUUACUCCCAAACAUGGUUCAUUAAGGCCUCACUGUUACCCCUUAAUUAUCCUCCCGUAGACUCUGGUAAACAUCUGUACUAGUCUCAUCCUCCAAGAACGCGCCGCUGCCGCCGUGUCCGUCGCCGCCAAUCUACCAUUCGCACCAAUUUUGUCUCCGCCCACUUUUUUCGCGGACACCGUCAUCAAACUAGCGUCGCGUCUGAUGCACGUACUGAGGGAGCAUUGUUCACUGAGAGAGUUGUGUGGAAACUCGAUUGACCUGGGUGGAGCCAGCAGAAAAGAAAAGGUGUUUUUACGCCUGAUGUUACCGAUAUUUAUCAGACUUGGGUCGGGGCGUCCAGGUAAGAUUGUCAAAGAAGGAAUUGUUUCUUGGUGCUGCGGCAUUGCUUCCAUCAGGAUGAAACUAUUCGUGAGAUAUUGGUUACAUGCCCUAUGAAUAAAGCGUCUUUGUAGGGAUUUUAGACGAGCUCAGAAAAGCGAAUCCUCUGCUGUUUAAAGUACACGUUACAAUAUGCUGAUUACAGUGAAAUCUAAAAUAAUACUGUUGUCAUUGAGAAUGAUCAAAGGAGAGUUGUUGUUCUUGAAUUUUGUAACACUAAAAUUCGAUUUAUUAAUGGUUUAUCAAUUCUUCAAUCGAUUCGAAAGGGGUUUUUGGAAAGGUGAGAUUGGCUUACAUCUGACAAAUGACUUGACUUGUGCUCAUUUCAGAUGCUCCAAAGGCGUCCUUCGAAGACGUCUCCUAUGCGCUGAGUUGUUUCUUGUUAACAGUGGUUACGAAGAACCCAUCCACUCCCGGGACUGGUCCAGUGCGGCUCUCAUUUGUCGAUGAAGACCUGGAAUUACCACGUUCCCUGACGUUUGCAACACCUCACGAAUCAACUACAUCAUCUGAGGAGAUUUCAGAAAGUUUGUACUGUGCAGCUUAUCUUGGUAAGAAGCUUUCUGUCUGUUUGUGAUUUGUGGAAUAUAGAUUUAUGCUUUGAAGGUUCGGCCAGAAUCCUAUGUAUGGGAAUAGGCAAACUAGUUUUCUAGGCCUGAGUAAACUAUGAAAAGAGAUCAAGUCUUAAAGCAUGUAGCGAAAUUAGAGCGGAACGUCACGUUCAUUUACUUGGCCCCGGUUUUUCAAAGGGUGGAUAAGCUAUCCACUGGAUAAAUUUCCAUACUGUAGAUAGUGCAGUACGUAUUUUUCUAUACUUAUCCGCCGGAUAGCGAUUUAUCCGUUGGAUAGCGUUAUUCGGACUAUGAACAAUCGGGCCUUGGCCUGAUCGUUUCCUUUAGUGAUCAGAGAAUUUUUGAUUUUUGGAAAAUCCUCGUCACUUCUCCUCUAACUAGAACGUGUAAUACUAGUCGUAAACUUUGGUCGGAAAACAGGAUAUCACAGCUCGUAAAAAAGUCCAGAAAAAGACUAAAAUUUGGCAUGAAUUAUCAUAUUAUUUGUGCUAUGUAAAGGAAAAAUAGUGUUCCUAUCCCUUCUGUGCGCAGUAUUACUGUGGAACUAUGUUUUUUUUGCAAAUAUUCAAUCUCAUUUGAAUUUUCAGGACUAAAGGUACUGAUGGUCUGCUGUGAGGAUCGUCUGGCCACUGAAUGGUACAGAAUAUAUCAGGCCAUGGAAACUAUAGUGGCGGGGCAGAUAAGUAAGAAUUCGCAUCAUAUCUGAACUUUUUUGAUAACAAAAAAACUUUGAUGCGCCAUAAUUAAAAGAUAAUUAGUCCUUGCUCUCCUUAAAGUUCUCUCAGGGGAUUGCUCUUUACGGAAAAAGAUUUCUUGGGUAUACCACGUUUCCACGAAUAAGCGCAUAGGCUCUUAGUUAUAAUUUCAGCUAAAAAGGGCGCGUAUUGGAAAGAGGGGCGCGUAAUCGAGGGGACGCUCAUCAAAAAAUUAUUAAUCUGCACCGAUUCCUUUGUUUACAAAAUGGCAAUAGAAACAGAUUCCCCUAGCAUUCCUACAAUAGAAGAAAGUGAAGUAGGAAGGGGGAGGCGGUUGUUCGAUAUUAUGGUCAAGUGGGUGGGCGGAGGGUGCGUAUUAGAGCGUGGGCGCUUAUUCGAGAAAAAACGGUAUUCACAAGGCUAUCUUGACUAUAUUCAUAAAUAUAUAGUUUUAUCCACUCAUAAAAAAACCUAGAAAUAGUUUAGUUUCAGUUUUGUUCGGGCAAAGUAGAGAUCUAAAGGUUUUGGUACUCAUCACUCUCCUAUGUUCAUAUUUGGCGAGAUAUGCCUAAGGGAUGCCAAUGGUUGGCUUAAGGUAUGCAUGUACGAAGAUUGAAGAUGCUGCCGGAAUUGAAUAAGGUCCAGUUGCAUGGUUUGCGAGCUAGUAUUGUAUGCAGGCUUCACUUUUACCGGACAGAAACCUGGACUGACUCGACCGGAAGUGGGCUGCUUCUUAUGGCAGUCAAAGAUGAAGCCACCCGGCGUAACUACCUUCUCACGACGUGAGCGGAAUUCUAACUUCGUAUAACUUGCUAGGCCUACACGCCGCUUAACAAAAGUUUCUUUUUCAUCUUUAUAGCUAAUGUAGGUUUUUGGGACUUCAUGAAUUUCUGCGUGUCAUACCGGACUCCACUCUUCUUGUUGAUUUGCCCGCUCAUUAGAACAAAGGUAUGUCAUGUCCCUAACAGUAGUCAAUACAGAUAUAUGUUGGAUGUUGUGCUAGUUAAUUUUCACUGACCCCCUCGAUUUUCCCUCCAUUUCUCAUCUGAUUCAUCGUCUCUAAAAUUUACGUGAUGCAGGUCUCUCAUCUCCGUCCCAAAAACAAAACUGUACGUGCUCUCAAGCAAAGAGUGUUGACCAAGAUAUCACGCCCACCUCUGGUCGUGAGCUCUCGCAAUGCUCUCAUCACCCGCUUCCUUGAGGAACUAUCUUUCAUCAAACAGAAGCGCCCAGCGGCAGGCUUUCAAGAUGUUGAGGAAGGCGAAGAAGAAGACGUGCAGAAAGAAGAAAAGAAGCCGCUGGUACUACAGGCUCCCCCUCUAGGCAGAGAACGCUCCUCCAGUGCACCGGAGGAACCAGCUACUGAUUCUAAGGACGUGAAACUCCCGCCCCCACUUACACGCUCUGUUAGCCUGAAAGCGAAAAAAACUGUGUCAUUUUCGCCAUCCCCAAGCUUUGAAGAUGAUCGAGGAUCUGCAGCUUCAUCUCUCGGCGAUGUUCGCAGCGGGAAAGAAAAAAGGAAAAAGUGGCUUUUACGUAAACAGGAAACAGUUGAAGAACAAGAUGGUCACAAUGAAAAGGAUCUCAUGGAUACUAAUACAAGCCAAGGCCCUUUUGCGCACCAACGUGGUACUACCAUGAGGCCUGGAAAGGUGCACACAGGAAGAGGGCCCCGAAGGCGCUUUGAAAAACUGCGAGCUGUAACAUCAGAAAGGAAAUCAUCGAACCCAUCGGCUGAGGUGGAAACUAAAAUCGAGAGCCCAACCAGCGGAAUUGUGGAGAGCCAAGGCGAGAGAUUUGAAAUGAGGUUUUUCGAGACAGAUAUUUUGGUCACUGACUCUAAGAUGGAAGCAGCCCCUGAAAGCAAACGCUCUCGAGCGUCGCUGACGCCCCCGAUAGCGAAACCCGAGUCUGUGACGAUUACGCUGUCUCCUGACGGUUCACCGUCUGGACAGUCUCCAGCCAGUGAGAUGAAGCAUCCGUAUCCAGACAUUUUGGAGUCCUUACCACCAUUGUCUCCCAUUCCUCCUGUAAAAUUCAGCUCACAAUCGGGUGAGAAGCACGAUUCUGAGAGCGCAAGGAAUGGAACGAUUGCGCCCGAAAGCAACCUUGCAGCGGAUUACGACGUAGAGCGUGCACAGCGGCUGAACAAGACUCGCUGGUGGAACAAAGUUUAUUCCAAUGUUGAAAUAAUUUCCACUGAUGAAGACAGUCAACGGUUUCAAAGUUUUGAAAUUUCUCUAUCAGAAGUAUCUGAAGUGCAAAGGGAGACGAACGUAUGACUUACGAAAACUAGUGUCAGCAUGUGUAAAGAAUAUGACGUGAACCACUUCUUCCUGUUGACGGCAAAUCAUCUUGGGGCUGGCAUAGAUGAAUUUAUUAUUCCACCAUUACUCCAUUUCACCGUAUUAGGGCGGUGGAACACGAAAAAUACGCCGCGGUAUUUCUGUAAGACAGGAUAAAAAACGGACGGAAAGCAAGCAAUAAAAUAACGGCAUUAAAAUACUUAAACUUUCUUUUUUUUUUCCUUUUGGUUGCCAUGACUUUUUUUAGCAACGAAUUGAUUAACCAGUCCUAUUUUUUCUGUUGAUUCUGUGGAUACUAAAGAACCCUUAAAUUGUUUCCUUUCUGUUGUUUUCGUUUUUCGCGUACGCCUUAUGUGAUUGAUACGAUCCUCAAAUAAGGCCAAAAAAAAGUAUUUCCAAAACUAGAAGCCAGGCUACUGCUCAGUUCAUCCUUUGUGAAAAUCAGGAAACAGAUAGGAAAUUUUCCCUUUUAUUACAAGAUGUUUUGCCGCAGGAUUUAUUUCGACGACAACCAGGCAAGCCCAAACCAACUUUAAAAGGUUACCGAAAUCAAUACUUAAUGCGAACGUCUUGUAGAACUACUCGAUAUAUUUCUUUUUCAUUAACUGUAGUUUUAAAGAAAGAAAGGUGUUUACGUAUUGUUAAUAAUAUUAGCCUAGUGUACACAGG